CUUGACCUUUAAAAAAGUGCAAAAGUUUAACUUUCAGCAGAGCAGAGAAAAAGCUACAGAGUAGAAACCUCCUGAAACACUGUUUGUGGAUAGUACACGCUGAAAUGGCAACUGUUCGUCGACAGUUCCCUUACACACCUAAAGCCCCUGUCAGACAGGGAAUAUACAGCCAGGCGGUGGUUGUGGACAGAACCAUGUACAUCUCCGGUCAGCUGGGGUUUGACGUGGCCUCUGGGCAGCUGGUAGAUGGAGUUCAGGCUCAGGCCAAACAGGCUCUCAUCAAUAUGGGGGAGAUCCUUAAAGCCGCCGGUUGCAGCUACAGCAACGUGGUGAAGACUACGGUGCUGCUCGCAGACAUAAACGACUUCAACAGCGUUAAUGACGUCUACAAGACUUUUUUCAGCAGUAACUUUCCUGCCAGAGCUGCCUAUCAGGUUGCUGCUCUCCCCAGAGGUGGACGGGUGGAAAUCGAGGCGGUCGCUGUUCUCGGUCCUCUCUCUGACUCCUGACUAGCAGGCCGCAACACAAACAAGUUGUAGCUUCACCGUCGAGUCUCCAGAUGACACAUGAAAGGCCAAAUUAGGAUCUUGUUAACUCUCACUGUGGCUAGUUGACUGUACUGGUGAACUGGAAACCUUUAGAUUUACCCUCCACAACAGAACAGCGAUUAAUGGUUUGUGGCUGAAUGUAAUUUCACUCCUGGUAAAUGGUACACGAAGCACAAUGUAAUGAUGAACUGCAUCUCAAUGCCUUUUUUUGGUUUGAUUACUCACCUUCUGACAAUAAAAGCACCAACAAAACAAAAA